GUCGUCGCGGCGUCGUGCGGCGUCGGGACGCGUGUCAACUCUUCGCCGAUCUCGGUCGGAGGCGUCUGACCGCGGUGUUGAUGGCACUACGGCGACAGCAACGAUCCGAGUGCUCGCCACGGACGUCCUCGCGCGAUCAUGAACACCAGCUCGCCGCAGAACACCAGCACCGCCGGCACUGGGCAACGACGAACAGCCGGUGUCGAUAACAGCGACGAGGAGGAAUGGAGCGGCGUCGUCGAAUGUGCUGUUCUUGAGAGAACCAAGUCCGAUAGGGUUGCACGAGCCGAUGAAGACCGUCGUCGCCGAACGAUCAUCGUUGAGAAGAAAAACGGCACGUACGGUUUCACGUUACAGAGCUAUGGUAUACACUAUAAGAGGGAACAGGAAAUAGAGAUGGUAACUUACGUGGACUACGUGGAAUAUGAUGGACCAGCGUACAAAGCUGGUAUGCGUGAGGGAGAUGUGAUACUUUCUAUAAAUGGCCACGAGAUGGACAGGGCUGAUCACAAGACAUUAGUGAAUUUUAUUAAGAACUGUGAUAGCAGAAUGCGGAUGGUCGUGUCCUUCGAAGAUUGCGUCAGAAAGGUGGAAUUGCACAUGCGUUAUAUCGAGUUACAACGCGCUCUCCAAUCUCGCCUGGGCGAACUGGAGAGGUUGUGUGAGAGAGAACGGUCUAUUCUAAUGGGACGAUGGAAAACCCACUCACUGCCAGCGCGCAAAAGAACGCCUAAUAGCAUCGGCACUAAUCCGAAUCAGCCGUCGCCUUCUUCUAGCUUCAACUCUUCCACGAUUCAAUGCUGCCGGCCAGCAACCUCCACCGAGCACCUUUUACUUUAUAACUUCGCGGACGGGCGACCGUGUCUUAUUCCACGUAGCGCCGCUUGCCUCGUAGCAGUCGGACCGCCUCGUUCUCGCAGCGAUCAUCAUCAUUUCCUUUCGAAGAUGUCGAGCGAAUCCACAGUGACCUCAUUGCGCCAUAGUUACCAUCAGGCAAACGGUAUGAUGGGUACACCUGCGAAGAGCAAAUCUCACAAACAAUCCUGCCAGCAGCAAUCGUCGGUUGCUGGUGAAGGCCCAUCGUUACACUCGACCCCUCAGAACAAUCUCUGUGUCGCUUGCAUCUCCAGCGCGAAUCGCCGCCGAGAGCAGUCCGACAGCGUAAGUCUAGAUGCUUAUGAUCUCGCCAGUCCUUGCUGCGACCCGAAUUGCGUGCCUAGUCGCCGACGCCGCGAGAAACAACGACGCGCCCGUAACGAGCAAGCUCUUCAUCAGCAACAGCAGCAGCAGCAGCAACAGCAACAACAACAGCAACAGCAACAGCAGCAGCAUCAUCACGUUCAACGAGACCAACAGUCGCAGCAGUCUAACACUCAUAGUUGCCCUCGCACAUCCGGCCAUAGUCUUCAUUCAAUUACCAGUAGUGACGUCUCGACGACAGCCGAUAGCGUCGCCUCCUGUUCUACUAGCCUCAGCACCGACACCCUGUACUGGGACCCAAGCGUGCACCAGCGACCACCGCCGUGCCUUCAAUAUGCAAAGCCUAAAUCUUGGGAUAAUCUGACUACCAAAGCUUUCGGAGGUUACGGCUUUGGUUACGGUUAUCUGGACACUGUGACCAUCAAGACUCACAGCGCGGAACGUCCUGGUAAGGGAUCGCACAGCAGCGGCGGUAGCGGUAGAUCAAAGACGCCGAUCGGCGUGCAGCGAAAGAACAGCGGUGCCAGCGGCAGCACUGCAUAUUCCACCACGACAAGUUCGACAGUCAGUCGACGCUUCCAACCGACCAAGUCGACGGAGAGCUUGCUCAUUCCACUGGGUCCGUAUCAAGGCGAGCUGGACCAAGCGAGUCUAAGCUGCGAGUGCCUGGACGGUGGUGGCGGUGGAUCUGGCUCACGAUUCAUUCAGCUAGAUAAACACAAACGCAUUGACGAGGCGGGAUACGUCUCGUCGACCCACGCACAAGUCAGACAUCGACGGUCUAGUCAUUCCGAUGGAAAACUGCGGGCUAUCAAUAACCCCGAAGUCACGCGAUUGUAAUAUGCUUUAAAUAUAGCUUAAAACAAAGCUACAUGCUAAUAAAACGUCAAUAUAUAUUGU